GAGAAGACGGAGGAUGCCUGGAAAACCUAUGGAGAAUUUGAAAUUGCCAAGUCAUUGUGAUGCUCUGCCAUCGAUUUGAAAGGAUGCACAAGCAACCACUGGCUGAAAAACAAAACUGACAGGCAGCUUCAGACAAGGUGACCUGGAGGAGAAGAUAUUUAAUCUCUCACAGGCUGCAUCCCACCUAUUAUAGUUCAUGACACCACAUGAAGCGAUGCUGCUGCAGGAGGAGAGAGGUAGCUACACCCAGACACAGAUCUGUGUUUGUCUGAUACUUCAACUCUUGCAAAGAUGAGCCUGAUCAUCCAAAUGCAAGCUUGAAGUCUGCCAAAGGGAGGAGAGCAGAGGAGUACUGAAGAAAGAGAGUGACACCAUAUAGUGCAAGAGAUGCAGAGGAGGAAGGGGUGAAGCUCAUAAGCUUAACACAGAAAAAGGAGGAUAGAACAUUUAGUCACUCUUUGCCAACUGGAAGUGGAUUGCCUAAUGACCACAAAUUGAGAAGGCCUGUGAAAUUAUGUGACAGACUUCCUCCCAGCUUCCUGUUGCAUUGUUUUUGACUGUGAAGGAACACCUACAAUGCUGGUGACUUGUUAACUGGACUGCAGUUUUACCACUUAUGCGGAAUUUUACUUGCCUUAUGUGAAGACACUUCCUUAAGUUAACAGGAAAUAUGGAGAAAACUAAAUUCUCUUUUCUUAUGGUUAGUCGAUUUCCUCAGAGGGGGUGUUUGGUGUGUUUGCCCAUCCUGUUCCUAAAUAUAUAAAAAUAUAUAGAACAUCUUGGUCCGACAUGGAUCAGUCUCAACUUUAAGAUGCAACAAGCCCUUGUAGGUGCACUUGGCUGGACUGAAUGAGAAAAUUAAGCCCUGAAAAUCUCUGAAGAUGACUAUGUCCUCUCCUGUGGGACUAGAAGGCAUCACUCUGGCUCAGCCCAUUCCCAUCCCGACGCUGACUAUCCUGCCACCAUCUUCUGAUACAGAGUCCUGGUCUCGCUCACCUAGCCCCAGACCAUCACGCUCUAGCCGCCACGGUCGUUCCCACCGCAGCAGGACCCGAACUAAAAAGCAAAGCAAGGACGAGCAAGGCUGCACUCCUGAGCAACAAUGGGGCAAAAUGCCGCAAAUUGUAAUAGAGGAGACUGCGGAGAGGGGGACCAUUGGAUGUCGGAGUCCUUCGCCCUCCCCGUCUGUGGCCAGUCAGAUGGAGGCCGGAGAGCAAGGUCUGGAUAUCCCUUCACAGGACCUCCUCCUGCCACCGUCUCGCUUUUGGUCCCGUAGUCCCUCUCCCAGCCGGCGCUCCCGUUGGUCCCUCAGGAGCCUGCUCAGCAGAGACUCUGACUGGGAGACCUGCAGUACGGCCAGUAACUCUCCACGCAGCACCCCGGGCAGCUCUCCCUCCCUGCGGCGCAGGGUCCUUGGGGGUGGCAGGGCCAGUGAGAAUGACGGAGGAGGAGAGAAGAGCAGUGGUGGAGGAGGAGGUUCAGAUAGCCCCCUGCCCUCCAUACCCUCUGCCUCCUCCCUCACAUCUGCCUACCCACUUGCUUCUCGCCACUUCAGCCGCAAUGCCAAGAAAAUGCAGAGCUGGUAUAAUGUUCUCAGUCCUACAUACAAACAGCGGAACGAGGAUUUUCGUAAACUCUUCAAGAAACUUCCUGACACGGAGCGACUUAUAGUGGACUACUCUUGUGCGCUGCAGAAGGACAUACUGCUACAGGGCCGCCUUUAUCUGUCAGAGAAUUGGCUCUGUUUCUACAGUAACAUCUUCCGCUGGGAAACCACUAUCACUAUCCUGCUGAAAGACGUAACCUCUAUGACCAAGGAGAAGACUGCCAAGCUCAUCCCAAAUGCCAUCCAGAUCAGCACUGACAACGAGAAGCACUUCUUCACAUCUUUUGGCGCAAGGGAUCGCAGCUUCAUGAUGAUUUUCCGUCUGUGGCAGAACGCACUGCUGGACAAGUCUCUAUCCCCUAAAGAGCUCUGGCACAUCGUACACCAGUGUUACGGCACUGAGCUGGGCCUCACUAGUGAAGAUGACGACUAUGUCUCCCCCACCGCCGAACACAUGAACGGCCUACUGCCAGGAGAUGAGUCAGUGUCAGUUACAGAUCUACUAGACCUAAGCUCAGUGUCAGUUCCCUCUACGGGCAGCUCUCCUCCUCCCCUGGUGCCCUGCGGUUCAGCCAGCCCUCCCUCAGCUACCAACCUGGGGGGCUCCUCUCCCCCUUUCUCCGCCUCCUGUCUGCCCAUAGAGGUGCCUUCGUCAUCUGGACGCAGACCCAGCUCUGAGCCCCUCGAACCCAGCCCGCCCACGUCCCACAGCUCGAUGCCAUCCACCACUCCCACCAACGCCUCUGCCUCUGCCCCGGCCUCUGCUGCUGCCUCCUUUUAUCUGGAAGAGGGUGGAGACAGCCUGUCCGAGUCAGCCAAUCACAUGCUGCCCCCGCCAACCACCAGUCUGGGAAACCUCUCCUCAUUGGACAUUACCAACGAUGAGGAACUGCCCACAGACCCCAGCAACUCCUCUGACACGCAGGAAGAGAGUGAGGUGGAGUCGUUCUGCGCUGACCUGAGCGGGCGGCUGCACAUCAACACUGCGGUCCGCAUGAGUGUAGACAAGCUGCACGACCUGCUCUUCUCUGCUGACACACACUUCAUCCAGCACCUCUUCUCCCAGCGACACUUUACUGACCUAUCGGUGGGUGAAUGGCAGCAGGACAGCAGCAGUGGGAAUACUAGCCGUGUGCUUAGCUACACCAUCGCGCUCAACAACCCACUCGGCCCUAAGACCGCCCCUGUGGUGGAGACGCAGACGUUGCAUAAGAGCAGCGCCCGGGGCGAGUGCUUUGUGGUGGACUCUGAGGUCAUCACCUCAGGCAUCCCUUACCAGGACUACUUCUACACUGUCCACAGAUACUGCCUCACCUCCAUCAACAAGCACAAGAGUCGGCUCAGGGUUUCCUCGGACAUCUGCUACAGGAAGCAGCCGUGGAGCCUGGUGAAAGCACUGAUUGAAAAGAACACCUGGAGUGGCAUUGAGGAGUACUACAGACACAUGGAGAGUGAGGUGUGCAAGCUGGAGACGCUGCUGCAGACUGAGGUAUCCGUGGUAACCACCGGCGAAGCAGUGGGCGCAGACGCUGCCAAGACCCCACCAGCCCUGCGCCGCCGCAAACGCACCUGCUCACGACGGCAAGGGGAGAAGGAGAGAGAGAGGGAGGGAGGAGGCAUGGGCGCUGGAGACCGAGGGGACAGAGGAGUCGGAGAGGAGAGGGACAGGAGAGAAGCCAGUGGUCAGUAUAUGAAGCUGGGAGAUCGUUCACAUGGUGGAGGACCCAACAGUAUAUCCACCAUCCUCCUCAUCGUCAGCUUCAUGAUCUGUAUCAGUCUGGUGGUGCUGGUGGCUCUCAACAUGCUGCUCUUCUACAAGCUCUAUGCUCUGGAAAGGGCAGCCCAUACACUGGAGACGUGGCACUCCUAUUCUGUUGCUGACAGUCCUUUGCCCCAGACAGCUGGAGAGUGGGCUCAGGUCUUACAGCUACAGAGGCAAUUUCACCAGGCUCAGCUCAGCAAGUGGCAGCAGAUCCUGCAGUCCUCUGUCACGCUUCUUGACCAGAUGAAGCAGUCUUUAGAAAAGCUCCACCGGGGCAUCGUGGUCCCAGAGGUGCAGCAGGAUCCCCCCGAUGAAACUCUCACAGAGUCCCUGACUGAGGCCUGAGCCCUGCCUCUUCUGGUUAACAGCUCCCUGCUGACUGUCUCCCAUUUCUGAACACACCCUGGUGGACUGGUAGAAUAGAAAGGAGACACACAGUUUGCCCUUUGCCUCAUCUCCAAAUGGAAAACCAGGAGUGGGAUACACAGGGGGACCACAUUACCCACAUCUCUCCUCACCUGACUGACUUGAAAUGGCGACAGUCGCCUACAGCCUCAACCAGUAACAAUUUCGCUAUCAGGACCACAGCAAUAAUUUACCUACAGCUGCAAGUCACCUGUAUGUAGUGUGUGUGUAAACAGGCCACUGGUGGGCCGAUUUCAGACCAUCCACUCCUCAAGACUCAUACAGACAUUUCAAAAUGGCCAGCUGCAUUUCAGAAUAACUUCAUUUUCAGAGCCCACCAUUUUAUGACUAUCAUAGACUUCAGUUCCUCCUCUGGCAUUUCACAGGGAUCAGUGAUUCUGGAAAGUUGGACCAUGUCCUCUCAGUCCUGGGAACAGUUAAGACACCUUUGCCGCUAGUGAACGCCUGCUGAAACAAAAUGGGGGGAUGCCACCUGCUGUGUGGAUGUGACCAACAAACACCCAGACAGAGAGUGGAGAGGGAGCAGGACGCCUCUCCCGCUCUUUCCAUCUGGGAUUUGUUCCUCCAUGUCCGAGUUGAGCCCCCUCUGAGGUCGUCAAGCCUCCAUGAAACGGGGAUGAGGAACAUUUCAACACCAGACACUUUAGUUUUCACCUUUAUUUUUUAGAUGUAAAUUAUACAUCUGAAGAUGAACUUCAAGCACCAUCCCACUCCUCCCUUUCGGGGUUUUAUCUUAUUUCAAAAUCAGUGUAUUGGAUCGUUUGUUAGGACAACGAGUUGCAUCUGACUGGACUGUUACAGUAUUUAUUAUUACCGAUGACUUUUGAUCUGAAGUCCUGUCCUGCUCUUACAAGAAGUCAUUUGGGUAUUUUGUGCUCUGAUUUGCUGUUGCAGUGCAGACCAAGAGGAGAUACACGAGAAUGAUUACUGGUCACAGCAAUAAAGACAAUAGUGAUGCUAGUACUUUUUGAAUGUUUCAAACAAAGUAGUAUAUAAUAAUAAUAAUAAUAAUAAUAAUAAUAAUAAUGAUGAAUUGUGUGUGAAUGUGUGUAGAGGCAGUGAAAAAAAACAAGCAAAGAAGGUAAUGACUUGACAGAUGUGUGCGUGAGUGUUCAUGAGGAGUCCUCAUUGUUUCAGAUGUUGCAUUUUCAUAUUAGCAUUUGUUGAGUUAAGUUUUUUUGGAGAUUUCUCUUUCAAGUUCAGUUGCUCACUCUCUAUGUCAAUGAGCUUAACAGUUCAGGAUUUACCGAGACUUGAUGAGGUGGAAACCUUAACACCAGAACUGUCAGCUACUUCAUUGUCCAACUGGGCCGGACAUUUCACAACUAAAGGACCAACCAGAUUUUUGUAAGCCCAGGUGAAGAAAAAGGGAAUCUGUUUUGCAGUAUUGUUUAUUUGUGUGUGUGUUUGUAAGAUUAAUUUGACUCACUUGUCUCUUUUUAUUUUGUUUAUUUUCUAUCUUUAUUAUUUUGUCGUUUAUUUUCAGCCUGUCCUCUCCGUCCACUCGACUCUGGCCUCCGAUGAUGUGAAAACAUCUCACCCAUCACUUUGUUUUCUUCUUCUUCUUCUCAUCGCUCAACCCCACUCUUCCUCUCUUUCCUCUGUGCUGUUCCCCUUCGUCCAGCUCUCUCUGUUUCAAUGAAAAUUACGGCUACAGAAGCAUGUGGGCCACGCUGUGCAUGGCCAUCCGCAGAUGACAAAAUGGUGUAAUAUUUAUUAAGGGGGGGGGGGGGGGGGGGGGGGGGGGGGAGGGGGGGGGGGGGGGGGGGGGGGGGGGGGGGGGGGGGGGGAUUCAGGGUAGAUUGAGGGAGAGAGAUGGAUGAGAAGUGGGGAUGAGAAUGUACUGUAAUGAUGUGAUUGUACACCACGCCAUGGAGAGAAAUGAAAAGUUCUAAAACAUGCAA